AUACUCAUAACUUUAUUUGAUUAGGGUAUCGAAGAUUUAGCAAUAUUCUAAACGAAAAGACAGGAUGUAACGACAAAACAGUUGUUAAAACAGCUUACAGUUAAGAACAUAUUUACAUUUAAUUUUAAGAAAAAAUGUAUGGCCGCUACACCUAGAUAAUAUGUUUCUUAUACAGGUGCUUUUACUGAAGCAGAGUUACAAAAUAUCAACCCCGUUCAUACAUCACUUAUUUCACCUUACGCACUGAGAAUUAUAGCUUCAAACAAACUAGUGAAUGCAUGGAAUGCUUCACAUUUUGCUUUACUUGGAACAAACAAUGGAAUGAUAAUGAUCAGCAGAAAUGAUGUUUUUACGCAACUUUCAAAUAAAAAGAAAAAUGCUGUUGUGCGUGCUGCCUUUGGUGCAAAUGCAGGCCGUAUGUUAAGUCAGAUCACCAUGAUGCUUCAUAGCAUGGAGUUCUCGACCCGUGCGUUCCAAACCAUGAUGAAUAAGAUGAUGAAGACUGCAACGCUCCUCUUCCAGAAGAUCUUCCAAGUGAUCAUCUCACCAACUAAGAGACCACCACCCGCAGGUCCGGGAGCAGCAUUCAACCUCAUCGACCCGUCUCAAUUUGUGAAACCUGCCCCUCCCGAACUUAAAGCCGGACUCUCAAAACAGGAUUUUCAAAAAACACUAGACACAAAAUACUUAGAAGACAGAAAAGUGAUUGAAUUCAUCAACAAAGCUGCGACAACUGAUCAAAAAGUCUUGAGUGUGAUGACAGGUGGCGUGUCAAUCAACACGUUGACAGAGGAAAGUAUCAACUCCAUUCCACCCAAGUUAUUUCAAGCAAUGAAGCCAUCCCAACUUAAAGAAAUGAAUGGAGCGACAUUAGCUUUGCUUCUUGAUUCAGAUCGUGCAUCUCAUGACCCAACUGCUGUUUCUAAAGUUCUUCACAAACUCACAUUAUCUCAGUUUGAGGAGGCAAUGCAAGCUUUGAAUGAUAAAAUGAACAAACCAGUAAAUGGUAGCAAGUUACCAUGGAGACCACCUAUUGCAAUUCAGUCAAUUAUAUUUAAAGAUUAUUUGAAGAGAAUAAACAAGUAUAGUGUGGAUCAAAAAGUUGCAAACCUCAUCAAGUAUUUAUGUCCUUUCACUGCAGGAGCACCUGCUCGUCUUAUUAAACAAAUACCGAUGAUCAAAAGCAAACGAUUGGCUGUAACUGCAUGUUUUGCAAAAUCUUAUAAGGAUCUUGACAAGCAGCAAAAAAGUCAGUUUGCCAACUUAUUGUUAAGAUCAGUAGGUGAGGACGAGGUUGAUAAAUUACCAUUAGAAGUUAUGGAUAAGUUCAUUCUUGACAUUCCGCUUGGUCGAAUUCAAAAACACUUAAAUUAUGACAAGUUACUUUCCCUUGUUGAGGAUGGUUAUUUACAAAAACUUGACAAUCUGCAUCCUAAAUACACAACGUUUGCCAAAAAAAUACUUAAGGGUUUGCUUUCCAAACCUGCCAAGUUUGAUGACACAGCGUUCUUGGACAAGUUAGUACACUGCUAUGUUAUUUAAUGUGUAUUUUAACUA